AUGGCACGUUUCAAUCUGGCCCCGAGCCAACAGGAGGGUUUUGACCACAGACCGAGGUCUGCGCCCGAGUGGACGGAACAUAGCUCCUCAAUCCAACUGCAACAGGUGUCUACAGACGCGACUCCAUCUCCCACGUCCCGAUCUACGAAUCAAGUCGAACCACAGCCCCCGUCGAUGAAGGAUGAAGGACACAGCGGAAACGACGAUGUGCACAUCUACGAGGACUUGGCGCCGGCUAAGGCGAAGACGAAGAAGGGAAGGACGACUCACAGGAAACUGCUCCCAGUCCAAGUGGUUAUGAUCACCGUCAAUGCGACGUUGGGAACAGGCUUGUGGUAUAUUCUGGAGCUAGGUGGCCCGUUGGCUGUCAUCCUAUCCUUCCUCUUGCUCGGGAUACUGGCAUGGGCCGUGAUGCAAUGCAUCACCGAGUUGCUCUGCAUCUGGCCUAUUCCCAGCGCGCUGGCAGUGUUCGUCCGUGAAUUCGUAGACGUCGAAUUGGGAAUGACUGUCGGAAUAGCAUACUGGUUCACCUACUCUGUCUCGUUUGCUGCGUUGGUCGCCGCCUCUGCGGCAGAGAUACACUACUGGUCAAACUCAGCAGGUCUUGACGCAGGCGUGCUUUACUUGCUCGUGCCGCUCAUAUUGGUUGUUAUCAACUCGUUCGGCAUAGAGCUUUACGGGUGGUUCGAGGUCGCUACUGGGGCUGUAAAACUGCUCUUCUUCGUCGUGAUCAUCUUCUCGAUGAUCGCUUUUGCGGACCAGGGUCCUCGACCGUCGAAUGGCAAAAGCAACUGGGACAAUGCUACGGCGUUUGAUGAUGCAGCCGCAGAUAACUGGGUGACCGCCUUAUUUAUCUGUCUGUCCACUGCUACCUUUGCUUAUGUCGGAGUUGAGGUACCGGCAGCGUGUGCCCUCGAGGCCAGAGCAACACAAACCAGACGCAGCCCGUCGGACACUUCGCAGACGAUAAGCAACGCCUUCAGCAUUGGAGAAACCGUUCGGUUCGCGUCGAAAUACGUUUCAUUCCUCGCUUGCAUCGCGUAUACCCUUAGUGGUAUUCUGGUAUCUCUUAGCAUCCCUAGGGAUGACUGCAAGCUGCCCCGACCGGGCUGGCUGGGCAGGCCCGUAGGCUGCCUUGUCUCGGGCAGCAAGGACGAGUCGACCUCGGCCUUCGUCCUGGUUGCGCUCGAACACGGCAUGGCAGAUCUGGCUUCUGCAUUCAACGUGUUCCUGGUCAUGACUGCGCUCUCAUGCGCAAACACGAAUCUGUAUGUCGCGUCGAGGACUCUGUUCGGCUUGACGAAUCAGAUCGACGGGGGCCGUGGUCAGCCGUGGUACCUGCGAGCUCUGGCUUGGGUUGGAAGGACCAACAGCCACAGGGUGCCGAUCCGGGCUAUGGCAUUGUCCGCGAUCGCUUUCUGCUGGGUCCCUUUCUUGCAACUUCGUGGAGAGAGCCAGGGGGCGGACGAGCCACCUCAAACUGUGAUGGACGACGAAAGUUCGGUAGAUACUGUGGCGGGGAUCAACGUGUUCGUCGGGGUCCUGGCCGAAAUGGGCUCUGUAGGCGUGUUGAUUGUCUGGGCUUGCGAGUGCUGGGCUUUUAUUCGUUACUACCACUGCAUCAACAAGCACAAGGACGAGCUCAAGGAGCACAAUGUGCCCCAUGUGCGCCGUUGGGACGACGAGCACGAGCAUGACUACCCCUAUCGAAGCAACGGGCAGCCUGUUCUUGCCUACUUGGCACUAGCCAGCUGCCUGUUUAUCCUCUUUGUGGCCAACGGGGCUUCGUUAUGGAACGGGUUCCAUGUCCAACCGUUCCUCUCGUCAUAUCUCAUUGUCAUUGUUUUCCUACUGCUAUGGGCUACACUCAAAGUCUUGAGACAGGCGAGGUGGUCGCUCGUCGAUCUCUCCGACCCGGACACAGCUAUCAGGACCAUACGCGGCUUGCACCAGUACAGUUUUGCUGGGUUACAGACCGAGCCUACAUCGUCGGGGCCCGGAUUACGGUCAUCGUUUUGGCCACUUCCUUCUUCAAUAAUCAAUCGAUUCGAUAGGAAGGGCCGAGAGCCUGUAUGA